AUGGAAGGACAACAAAACGCACUGAAACCAACCAAAGCCAAGUCAGUCAUGCCGCUCUCCUCCCCGGCCUGGGACCCGCCUUUCGCCCACACGUCCAGCGAAGAUUCAGGUUCAAGUUCAAGCCAAACCACAAACACUACCAACACGAGUACUAGUGCACCAGAAAACUCAACAAUAACAGUCUCCAUAUCCGAGCCACAGCAACUAGAGCAGCCACAGCAAUCCGAGCAGCCACAGCAACCCGAACAGCCACAACAAUCCGAACAGCCAGAGCAGCAGGCACCACUCUAUGGUCCUCGCACCCUGCGCUCCUACAUUCGCGACUCCUUCCGUAACCUCGACACCAUUGAGGAACAGCAACAGGCUCACAUCCAAGCACACCUCACCACGUCCGCACCCACAUCCACACGUGCGCACACACCUGCGCCCGACCCCAACAACCCUCGCAGUGACACCGAAAGCACCAACAACUCAAGCAACACCCGACCAUUCCUCGCCAGGGGUAAUGCUCGCGAACGUCAGAACUUGAUCACGAUCCGUCGCCAGUAUUACACUGCCUUCGUUCACCUCCGGGAUUUGAUCAACCAACUCUCGCAAUCCCAAGUCGCCGCUCGGAAGCGGUACCUGCGCCACGUCCUAGUUCGCCUUGACCGGGUCUUGGAUCGCAUGAAAUUGGAGCUCACACAGUCAACGGCAGCAACUGCUGCAGCAAGCUCUGAUGCUGGUGCUGGUGAUGUCGUUUACGUUGGUCGCAGAAGUGAACAACACCUUAUUGGUGGUGACAGGGCUCUCCACCGAGUGGUCCUUCGGAUGCAUCAGGAUGUUAUGAUACAGUUCACUCGGUUGUUCAGAGAGGUUGCAGCCAAGUAUUAG